AUGAUGUUGGGAAACGACUUUAGUAGUAGUGCAGGACACGACGAUCCACAACAACAACAGCAGCAGCAAGAGUCGCAAAGGAACGUUUACCCAGUUCCCACAAACAGUCAAAUGUUCCGUUCCAUCACCAGCAGGGUAAACGAUGACAAUGAUGAUGAUGACGAUGAUUCCUAUCAAGUGCCACUGGGAUGGUCCACGAAUGGCCCUGUAGUAGACGAUGAACACUUAGCCACAGCGGCGCCACAAGGCCAGCACGAUGACGAUAAGGAACGGUACCACGACCAACACGACAUUGAAUCUGGACGACGACAACGAACGGACACUCCAUCCCAACUCAACAAACAAUCGCCUGGGGAGAACGGCCCCGUGGGUCAUACCCAACAGCUCGACAAAAAAGAACGAACACCCAAGCAGAACGCUCCAGUGGAUGCCCAACUCAACAAAGCAUCGCCGGUGGAGAAUCCUAAGAACCAAGACGGUUGUGAGAAGCAGCAGCAGCCAACAACGAGCAAAGACAACAAUACACCUUUCAUCAAUCCACCCAAUCCCGCAAUCCGGGAGAACGAGCUAGAUAUCAGUGACCUGUCUUUACCACAGCACUCGCAAAGCUCGUACCUCGACAUUAGUGGUCUUACACACAAAUCACCUCCAAGUUCCCAUCUAGAUGUCAGCCAACUAUCCUUCGAAUCGUUUCCGUGA